AUGCCUGGAAAGAUUGUCGUUAAGAAUCCCGUUGUUGACCUUGAUGGUGAUGAAAUGACCAGAAUCAUCUGGCAAUUCAUCAAGGAUAAGCUCAUUUUGCCUUACCUCGAAUUGGAUAUCAAGUAUUACGAUCUUAGCGUUGAAAACCGUGAUGCUACGGACGAUCAAGUUACCGUUGACGCUGCUGAAGCCAUUAAGAAGUACAAUGUAGGCAUCAAGUGUGCCACCAUUACUCCCGACGAGGCUCGUGUCAAAGAAUUCAACCUCAAGAAGAUGUGGAAAUCUCCUAACGGUACUAUUCGUAACAUCUUGAACGGUACUGUUUUCCGUGAACCUAUUAUUGUCAAUAAUGUUCCUAGACUUGUUCCUGGUUGGACCAACCCUAUUAUUAUUGGCAGACAUGCUCACGGUGACCAGUAUCGUGCUACUGAUUUUGUUGCCCCAGGACCUGGUACAUUUGAAAUCGUCUACACUCCUGCUGAUGGCAGUGAGCCCAAAAAGAUGCAAGUCUACAACUUUGAAAAGUCUGGUGGUGUCGGUUUAGCCAUGUACAACACGGAUGAAUCCAUUGAAGGUUUCGCUCAAGCCUGUUUCCGUCUUGCUCUCGAUCGCAAGAUGCCUCUCUAUUUGAGUACCAAGAACACUAUUCUCAAGGCCUACGAUGGUCGCUUCAAGGAUAUCUUCCAAGAGAUCUAUGAAAAGGAAUACAAGGCUCAAUACGAACAAGCUGGUAUCUGGUACGAGCAUCGCUUGAUUGAUGAUAUGGUUGCUCAAGCUCUCAAGUCCAACGGUAACUUCGUUUGGGCCUGUAAGAACUAUGACGGUGAUGUUCAAUCUGAUAUCAUUGCUCAAGGUUAUGGCUCUCUCGGCCUCAUGACUUCCGUUCUCUACACACCCGACGGUAAAACAGUCGAAGCCGAAGCUGCCCAUGGUACUGUUACUCGUCACUACAGAGAACACCAAAAGGGUAACAAGACCUCUACCAAUCCCAUCGCUUCUAUCUUUGCUUGGACUCGUGGUCUUGAACAUCGUGCCAAGUUGGACAAUAACCCUGACUUGGCCCAAUUCUGUAAGGACUUGGAAAGAGCUUGUGUUGAAACCAUUGAAGUUGAUAAGCAUAUGACAAAGGAUUUGGCUUUAAUCAUCUACGGAAAAGAUAUGACUUCGGCUCAUUAUUCUACCACUGAAGAUUUCUUGCAACAAAUUGCCGAUAAGUUGGCCUCUAUCCGCAACAACCGUCCUUCUUUGUAA